GGCCGCCUGAGGUAGACUUCCUUCCGGUUUCGCCACCCACCUACACCCCUCUCCCGUCCCAUGCGCGUGACGCGUAAGAAACACGCCCGUUAGCGGCGGAGAACCAAUAGGAGCGCGCCGAGCUCUUUGGCGGACUUGCAAACAUUUGGUCAGAAGCUCUGCUUGUCUUGGGUUGAUACAUGGUCUUGGAGCCACGUCAUUCACUUCUGAAUGUUCGCCGCAGCCACAGAAUCAGAAGAAGAGGUCCCUUCAUUGUUAUGGGGACUGGAUCCUAUCUUUUCAGCUUUUGCAAGACUGUACAUUAAAGAUCUACAAGAAAUGAAAGAAUCAAAACAGGUUCCAGGUAUAUUCUUUUACAACAGGCAUCCAAUAAGGCAGGUGGAUAUUCUUGGAACUGUGGUUCUGAUCAAAGAACGAGAUGUCUUUUAUACUUAUGGAGUGGAUGACGGCACAGGAGUUAUAAGCUGCACCUGCUGGAAAAAACCUUUGGCACAGCAGAAAUCUUUGUCAGAUUUUAGAUCUCAUCCUAGUACCUCAAGUGACCUGGAUCUAGUUGAACAAAUAAGAAAGCUCCAAGAAGCAAUUUGCCAAAAAACGAGGCUGAAAAUUGGUGAUACUAUCAGAGUCCGUGGUUGCAUUCAGAUCUUCAGACAGCAGCGAGAAAUCAAGGCCUCCAUGUACUAUAAAGUUGAUGACCCUAUGUGUGAAGUUCUGAUUUCAAGGAUGCUGGAACUCCCCCGUCUAUACAGAGAUAUUUAUGAUCAGCCGUUCCAGUUGCAAGAAGAGGCACAAAGCCAAGAUGCAGCAUACAUGUUGGGCUCCAUCACUGAACUGAGCAAAAAAAUAAGAGACUUCCUAUUGAAGAACAAGAUCCAGAGUUUCUAUCAGCAGGAGCUGGAAACCGUGGAAGCUUUAGUAUCCUUGGUCAAGGAGGAUGAACCAAGAACUGCUGAGCAAACAGAUUCCAAAGCUGGUCCCUCCUCCAAACUGAUUAGAGACUCCUUCACGGAAGCAAUAAAGGUGUUGCAAAAUAAGGGAGUUCUUUUCCAGAAAUCAAAAAAUCCCAAGGAUAUGUAUUUUGUGACUGAGCAAGAUAAAGAAUUGCACAAAGUGACCCUUGAAGUCCUCAGAGAUGAUUGUAAGAGGCCAAAAUAUGCUGAAAAGGGCUGCCAUCUCAAUUACAUCCUCAAUUGUAUUCAGCAGAGCUACAGCCCUUUUGUUUCCAAAGCUGUGAUCCACUGCCUACUGGACUGGAUGGAGACCAACAGUGACGUGGUCACUACCAUGGAAGGAUACUAUACUGUCUUUUAAGAUGAGAUGCUGUGGACUUCUAGAGCCAAACUGUACCCAGUGGGCAUGAAUAGUAAGAAUACUUCAACGCUAAAAAGUUGGCUGGAAUUCCUAGACAAUGCUGUAUCAUAAAAUUCCUAUUCAUUUAUUUCUCUCCAUGUUUCAGAAGUGCUCAAUCUGCCUCUGAUAUUCCAGGUACUAAACACAGGGACCUCUUUAAACAGUUAUGUUGUGAAUGCCCUCUUGUGGCUGGAUGGAAGAAAAAACAAACUUUGCAUUCAUACCUUAUAGUCCAAUAAACAGGAGCUGCCUAAAAAGAUGAGCAGUGUGAAUUCAAGGAAAUACUUGAGAAACAGGCAUCAGAAUAAGUUAACCAUACUCUUCUCUCCAAUAAUGCACCCCCUUCCACACUCCUAGUCUGAUAUACAUAAUUUGUGGUACAUUAAUUUAGGUCAUCUCUUGAGAUACAACAAGUGCUGUGGAUUCUGAAUCCUUGUUUUUGUUACUACUCCCAGUUUACUUUUAACCUGGAUUCCAUGAUUACUAAAGGCUAUUCAGUGCUUUAAUUUAGGGUGGUAUCUGCAAGAUGCCCUCCUGCAGAACACAGCGGUUGGUUGCAUAAGUCAUGGACGAGGUGAUCUUUUAAAAAGCGGACAGUGCACUGGCAUUAAAAAAUCAAAGCAGUUUUUCCUUCCAUAAUAUUGAAAUGUGCACAUGCAUCCAUGCUUCUUUUGCAAACUGUGGCAGGUAUUAAAUAAUACUCAUUAGUAGAUGAACGGAGUGACAAUCUUGUUUCCUCAAGACUGAAGGAGGGAAAAUUCCAGAGAGCACUUCUACUUCCAUUUGAGCACUAUUUCUGGAACUGUCACAGAGAAGAGUUAUACCUGACUGCAGUGAGUGACAGAAAUUAUAUAUAUAUAUAUAUUAUAUCUUGGUUAUGCAUGUUAUAGCUUUGUUUUAUACUAUUCUAAAUCGCCGUCAAACUGCUCAAGAGUAAAGUAUUCCUUGGUCCCAGUAAGACUACAGUACAUUCAUUUUUAAAAUAAAGAUACUUUGUUGAAAACAGACCCUAGGCCCUGUCUUUCUUCCUUCCCUAUUCCAUACUGCUAUUGGAAUGCCUGUUGAUCUACAAAUGCCCUUGUUCAGCGCAUGCAUCUUUUUGGAAGGCAUCCAGCAGAUAAGAGCCCUUUUCCAAGUGGUACUGUCUGGCAAGAGCCUCUCGUUUGCUCCGGUGCGCUGUGGUUUUGGCAUAGGAAGUCUUUGUGUGUCGUUCCAGCCACCACAUGGACUGCUUUAUAAAUGCAUAACUGUCACGUCCACAAAUGUGAAGCAAAUUUGAAUUUGGUAACUUAGAUGUAUAGGUGAAAGUUUAUAAAUAAUUACUGUAUUUAAACAGAAAUAUUGCAAUCUGCCUAAAAUUUAGAAAGAAUUACUACCGGUAUAUUAGGGAAAGACAACAGCUGACUUGUAUGCCUGGUGACCAUGUGCUGCUAACUGUGGAUGGGCAACUUCAAGGCAACUUGUAAAUAAAGGAGGGGGAGGCACAAAAUCAGAUGGGAGUGGAAAGAAUCCCAGCUUAAAACAAGAUCUUGUUUUUUCCUUCCAGCUCCCAAACCCCAGGACUGUUGUACCCAAACCCCGGGAUGCCAACCCCAUGAACUCUAGUAGGGUGCCAAAUCGCCAUGGUGAAAGCCAGCCUUCCAUGGUAGAACUGCCACCAUACCCCUGUUAGUCCUCCAACCUGGGCUGGGGGAAACUCAAGCUGUUUCUGGUCUUCUUUGGAAUUCACAAAAACAGGAGUCAACCUACUUUUCUGCCUUUUGAACCCCAAGUCUACAAAUUACUUAGCAGGGAUUUUUUAUUUUUGCUGUAAAAUUUUAAAAAUCUGCCCUAUCCUCUCACCCACAUUCUCUUGAUGCCAGGAGAAAUGUCUUUUUACAUCUUAGUUAGCAAUGGAAUAUGUUUUCUUGAUGCCCUAUAUUUUAAAGUGUCUUUCCAGGGGAACAAAUGGGAGUCUCGUGGAAUGAAAUAGAUGUAUUAUCUCAUGGCUCCACUAACAUAAUAUCCAUAGAGUAGACCUCAGAUCUCCUAGCUCAGAACUUCCAAGUUCUGAUUUGUUCGUCUUGUACUAGUGUCUCAGGAAGCAUGGCAGAACGUGACAUGCUAGUAUGUGUCUAGCCACAGUGUGGUGCUGUUGAAGCAAACUUGAGCAUGAGCUGGAACUUGCAAUUGUGUCCCUCAAAUACUGUACACACAUUUAUUGAAUGGAUUAACAAGUUGUUAACAUUGAAUUUGGCCCAUGAUUUUUUUAAAAAACAAAAAACCAGAGAGGUGGGCAGUGCUUGGAGAAGUGAUCAAGUCACUGUUAUUAAAGCAUAUUCAAACGAACAUAAGAAGAGCCUGCUGGAUCAGGCCAAUGGCACAUCUAAUCCAGCAUCCCAUUCUCACAGUGGCCAAUCAGAUGCCCAUGGGAAACCCACAAGCAGCACUCAAGCACAAGAGCACUCUCCUCUUCUGCAGUUUCUAACAACUUUUAUUCAGAAGCAUUACUGCCUCCCACUGUGGAGGCAGAGCAUAGCCAUCACAGCUAGUAACCAUUCAUAGUCAUGUCCUGUAUACCUGAAGGAGUCAUCUCCACCCCCAUCGUUCAGUCCGGACACAGAUCCAGCGCCAAGGGCUUUCUGGUUGUGAGAAGUGAGGUUACAGGGAACCAGACAGGGCCUUCUCGGUAGUGGCGCCCGCCCUGUGGAACACCCUCCCGUCAGAUGUCAAGGAAAUAAGCAGCACCCAAGUUAGUGGCCAUUACUGCCUCCUGUGGGAGUGUGUUUAAAUACAGUAUGUGCAGUGUUGUAUUAAGUUGCACUUAAAUUGUAUUAAGGCAAGCAAAUAAGCCAGGUUCAGAAGCCCGGCUUAGGUUAGUCUCCAAGGCAGGUACAAUGUGUCUCAACAGCUUCAAGCAAGGGCAUGCAAAAAUAUGGAGGAAAGGCGUAUUAUGCCAUUUUUCAUCAGGUAGUUUGGAAACCUCAAGAACAGGACGUGAAGCUUGGGGACACUUCUUUUUUGUUUUUGCAACACUAGACUACUGCAACUCCUCUGAGCCCAGAUGCUAAGCCAGCAGGACCUCUGCAUGCAGGAUGUAUUCAAAUUACGUAGCAUAUUUUUCAGACCGCUCUACAAAGGCUUGGGGUUUUAUUCACUUAGUUGAAAUUUUGAGUCACUUUAUCUUAUGAAGCUCAGCACUUGUUGGAAUAUCUUAAUCAUACAGAAACCAUUACUAUGGGACAAGUGUGAUUUUGCUGUCCUUAUAUGGAAUAAUGUAGAGUUAGUGCAGGAAUGGGGAAUGGGUGUGACAAAUACCUCCUUAUGGCAGUGAUCUCUGUUGAUUGGGGCACCCAGUAUUAGUGAAUCAGAAUUUUUCCUAGUCUUGGAGCUUCUUUCGACUGAAUCAAGAUUCUUGCAUGUCUAGCAUUGUGAUAGUGGCGGUCAUAGAUAACACAGCAGCGGAUUAAGAGGGAAGAAGGAAAUGGGAAAUUGUGAUUUCCACACAAGGCAUCUCAUGCCAAGGUAGAAAGCAUUCUGCCAAGGUUAUGGAUAAUGCUAUCUCUUACUGCAUAGCAGAGCCUAACCCCCAGUCGUGUAAUAUCAAAUGAAUGGGAUUAGACAUUAGAGCCUUUUUGUCAUAGUGAGUCAGAGUUUCAUUUCCUGGCCAGAGUACAUUUUAAAUAUUGAUCUAUGAACAUAUACACCUUGGCAAGGUACUUGACAUGUUCCAGUUCCAUUAAUGAGUUUAAGAAAAGAAAAAGUUGCUGGCCUAAUAUGGAAAUGAUCUGACCAUCAUUGGCUGGUUUGUAUAAAGACACGCACACAGACACACACGAGUUUGAAAAUCAUUGGUUGAGAGGUGCUGUUAUCCUGAACGUGUUGUGUUGUGCCUGAUUUUUGCUGCUACAGUGUGUGUUUAUCUGUCCCUUUCACUCCCUCUGUACAAUAAGGAGGCUUCAAAAUGUCUGGACAAAAAUAGCCACUUUGAAAGUAGCACAGUGAAGGCCUGGUUGUCCUUUUUUGUUUUCUUUCAGCUAUUUCCUGAUCAAGUUCUCAAUUUACAAGUCAAGAAGUUUCAGGCUGCCAGCAUUGCAAAGACCACCUGAAAUAUAGAAAGAAGGGGGCACAGGCACACAAUAGAUGCUUGUGAUCAGAAUGGAGCUUGGAUAAACCAGCACAUUCCCUCCCAUGGGUUGCCCUCAUUUACAAAUGUGUUGUUUUUCUUCCCUUAUAAUAAUAUAAGCAGUUUCCUCCUGCAGUGAGCAGUUGAGAUGUACCUUAGCGUUUACAAUUGGAACAUGGUGUCUAGCCUUCCUCUCUAAAGCUUUGUGCAUUGGAUCUCUUUUCUGGUUUUCAGUUCACUCAUUAAUAAACUCUACCAAUAUGUUCAAAGGAAAUUAAUAGGAUAAGAGGAAAAAGCCAUGAGCAUCAUCCUCCCAGCAUGCAAAGAUGUCCACACACUAGAGGAACUUUGAAAAAAGGGAUAGAGGUGCUCAUCUAACUGAGCAUCACAAUAAAUUUGUACGGAUAGCAAUUAUUUU